ACGCAAGCAACAUGCUCUCCCGCCUCUCGACCGCUCUCGUCAUUCUCUCGGCCGCCCUCUCGUCGGCCCACGCCGCGUGUGCUGCCACCGGCAAGAACGUCACGCUCUCUGGUUUCAUCAUGGACAACUUUUGCAUCACGCGCGGCGUCAUGGUCGACAACCCCACGACGCUGACGCUGCAGCACCCCGAGGUCCACUCGAUCCACUGCCUCGUCGACCUCACGGCGUGCACCGAGUCGGGCUACUCGAUCUUGUCGCCGCCUUCGGCGCCAGGCGCCAACUACACGGUCAAGUACCAGCUCGGCACCGACGGCACGGCGCUCGCCAUCAAGUACGGUAUGGCCGCGCGCAACUACGGCAAGACGGGCUUCAACGCGACGCUCACCGGCAUCGACGACGGCACGCCCGAGCUCAAGUGCAUCUCGAUUGCGAAUGACGUCAUGGUGGACGGCAAGCUGGUGACGUUGUCAGCAACCGACUUGGCGAAGGCGUCGAGCAUGCCGAUGACCAUGCCGAUGACCACGACACCGACGCCGACAAAGGCGAGCGGCACAGACGCCGUCCAUGGUCGGGUUGUCGCACUUCUUGGCGCGACGCUGGGUCUCUGCUUGCUCCAGUAGGAACAAUCUUGAGCGAGCAAUACAUGCCUAUAUUGUACAUAAUAUAUGUGUACUUUCGUUUGAGG